AUGGAACGAGAAGGACGAUCUCUUGAGAAAGGACUCUUCGAAGCGAGAAUGCUGGAAGAAUACAUUCUUGUUGGAUGCCAAUCCAUUCACGGAGGUUUCAGAGAUAAACCGGACAAGCCUGUUGAUCUCUACCACACCUGCUACGUUCUCAGUGGGCUUUCCAUUGCCCAGAAGUAUUCUCUGGCUCGUGACGGGAAGAUACUCGGAGGCGACGUUAACACCCUCGCCGAAAUCAAUCCCGUCUUCAACGUAACUGUCGCUUCGGAACAGUUUGCCAAAGAGUUCUUCACAUCUCAAUAA